CUGGGCAGGAGAUCGAGUUCGGAACAAGGGCCCGGAUACCUGUAGAGGCGGCGUGCGCUCGCUUCCUGGCGGAGUAUGAGCCAAGGUAGCAGUAGUGGCAGCGACAGCAGCGGAGCUAGUUCGCGGCCAGCCUCUACUUGCUCUAGGCUCUUUGAGAUGACUAGCAACACAGCCCUCUGUGCCUUCUCUCCCGGAGCUGCGCCCGAGGGCGAGACUUUUCAGGAUCAUCUUUUGGAUGUCCCUGUCACCCGUGAGCAAUUAAACCACUAUCGUAAAGCUGCAGAAAAUGCCCGCAGUGAACUUGCUGCAUCUCUGGUCAAAUUCGAAUGUGUUCAGUCUGAGCUUCUGGAUCUCCGGUCUAAGAUGUUUUCUAAAGAAGUCUCAUGUCAAGAGUUGAAGGCUGAAAUGGAGAGUUAUAAAGAAAACAAUGCAAGACAGUCCUCUCUUCUCAUGUCAUUGCGAGACAGAGUUCAGGAGAUAGAGAAAGAAUCCACAGCACUUGCCACGUCCAAAAUGAGAACAGAAAAAAUGGCUAAUGCUGCAACCCAGGAGAACCAGGAAUUGAAGAAGAAAAUCACAGACUUAGAAACUAAAUUAAAAAAGUGUUUAAAAGAAAAUGAAGAAAACAAGAACCAAACAGCUAAGAACAGCAAAAACCUUGAGGAAUUUCUAAUCCAACUUUCUGGCUGCUUAGAAAUGGACCUGAAGAAUGAAGAGGAAUUUCAGGAACAUUUAAUUUCAAAGGUUAGGGAGCUGCAUAAGGAAAACACACAUAAGAAAGAACAGAUUGUUACUCUUGAAGAGACUAUAAAUGUCCAUGAGAUGGAGGCAAAAGCAAGCAGACAGACCAUAAUGCGACUGGUUUCAGAAGUAAACAAAGAGCAGAAAAAAACUGCCUCCUGUAUUGAAGAGAAAGAAAUGAUGAACAAGGACUUGACUAGUGCUGUAGAAGCAAAACAGAGUUUUGAGAAGGAAAUUAAAAUCUUACAAGAAAAACUAGCUGUUGGUCAGAGGGCCUGGGAUGCCUCUAAGAAGGAGCUGAGCUUCCUGAAGAAAAAAUCAUGUGAAACAGAGAAGAGUUUGAAGAACUGCAUGGAGGAAGCAAAGACCUCUCAAAGCCAUUUCUGUUCAUUCAUGGAGCAAAUUGCAGAACUUCUAAGUAGAAAUUCAGUGAUGGUUAAGCCUUCAAAGGAAGAUAUAUUGAGCAGAAUACAGGAAAUGAACAAAAAGGAAGAAAACAAGAAACAAAUGGUUUCCCAGCUUGAAGCCCAGAUAGCUAAACUGACUCAACAAUUGGAGACUGAGACUGAACUUCACCAGAAAGCUCUGCAAAGGGCCCAGAAUGCAGAAAAUCAUUUUGAGAGUCUUCAGAGACAAUUGACACGCUUGGAGGGGGAGCUGGUAUCUGGAGAUGUUCUGCUAGACAGUUUGAGCCUUGAAAAACAAAAAUAUCUUAAAUUUGUGGAUCAGCUUUCAGAGAAGAUGAAGUUAGACCAGAUGGCUGCUGAACUUGGCUUUGACAUGCAGCUGGAUGCAGUUUUAGCUCGUGCAGAGCAACUAGUUCGACUUGAGAGCAAUGCAGUUAUUGAAAACAAGACCAUGGCCCAUAGCUUACAGAGAAAGCUAAAGGCUCAGAAAGAAAGGCUGGAGAGCCGAGAGCUACACAUGAACCUUCUACGUCAGAAAAUAAUUCAUCUGGAAGAGGAGAGGCAGGUUCGUACAGCCUUGGCUGUAGAGAAGGAUGAAGCCAAUCUCACCAUCCGGAAACUGCAGAAGAUGGUGGAGAGGUUACAGAAGGAUUUGAGAGUGUCCCAACAAUCUAACACCGAGCUCAAAGCCAAACUUUCAGAUACCAAUGAGCUCAAGAUUAAAACACUGGAACAGACCAAAACCAUAGAAAACCUAAACAAAUCCAGAGGUAAACUGGAGAAGAUGAAGGAGAAGGUGGAGAAGCAGUUGAUAUCUGUUAAGUCAGAGCUGGAUAUAACUGAACAUGAAGCAAAAGAGGAUAAAGAGAGGGCUAGAAACAUGUUAGAUGUUGUUACCAAUGAAAUGAAGACACUAAAGAGCACCUUGGAAGAAACAACAAAAAGAGAGAAACAGCUGGUGGACUUCAGGGAGGUGGUUUCACGGAUGUUGGGCCUAAAUAUUACCAGCCUUGCUGUUCCUGAUUAUGAAAUCAUCAAAUGCCUUGAAAGACUCAUCCAUUCUCAUCAGCAUCAUUUUGUUCCCUGUGCUUGCCUUAAAGACCUGACUAGUGGACAAGAUAUAUCCUCACAAGAACACUUAAAACUUUUAUACUGACCUCUGCUUCACUUGAGGGAAGUAGCACUAACAGAUGAGGGAGGUAGUGCUGAGAGAGAAAUUUUCACUUCUCCAUUUGUUUGAAUAGAAUCAGUGUCUAGAUCUCUUUGGAAGAUCUUACACUGAAAUAGGAGAUUGAAUGGUUUAUAGACAAAGAUUCAAAUUUUAGUUAUGGCAACAAUCCACUAUUAUUUUGUACCUUUGUGCAGAUCUCUUUCAUCCAUGUUCCAUGGUUUAAAUUGUGUCAUUUUUCUACCAAUGCUGAUUUGAAUUUAAUGAAGGCAGGUUCUUAGAUCUCAUAUCAUAAACAAUGAGAUGCAAAUAUGGUGGUACUUGGGCACUCUUCUGCUUUGAAACUUUGACAAGAAAAAAAAGGCUUCAUCAUUUGACACUUGUUCAGCACUUGGCUGUUGCCUUAGUUGAGCAGGAGGGAUGAGAGGUUGACCAGGUGGAUUGCUCAGUUUUUGAUGUUGUGGUAAUGAUUUAUUACCUUUGGUGAUGGGCAGCUCCUCCCCAGCAAGGUCAGCAGCGUGCAGGACUGUUAAAGUGGAGCCCGUGAUGAUGAGGUUGUGUGGUCUGGGGUAAGUUGAGGGGCAAUUACUGCAGGACAAGGUGGCUGCAUUACAUAGUCUUCCUGCUUCAAAAUCAGUAAUACUGGAAGGGGUACAGAGUGGCAGACAUGCUCAGUAGGAGGAGAAUCAGAGCAGGAGCUGCAGAGGUGGGAACCCAGAAGAAGGUGAUGGGCAUGGAGGACCCAGGACUGCUAGAAGCUCUGAGCACCAGAUGGGGGAGAGCUCAGGAUCUUAGCUUCUGCUUCCACAUAAGGCUUCCCCUCCCCAAGAAACCUAGGAGGCAUUCAGUGGGGGGAGAGUAUAAAGGUCUUGGGUCCUCUCAGAAAGUGAGUUGGGCCGAGAAAGGAGGAACCUGGCUCAUCUGGGCUGGCUUGUUUCUUCCCAUCUGGAAGCCCCAUUUGCACCUUUGGGGUAGGGAAGGAUAGUUAAGCUGUGAUCUGGAGAUGUGCUUUUUAUGAGAAAAAUUUAUUAGGUACUUGUCAUUUUUGCCACUUGUCCUGCCUUCUGGAACCAAUUGAUGACAAAUAUUGAGGUGUUACUGUAUUCCUUUCUCUUUAAAUUGAAUCUAUUGAAUCUCUUAUAAACAAGUGCUUCUACUUGGGAAUGAACGAAUACAAGAUAUUUAUUACGCACUUACUAUGUGCCAGGCACUGUACAAAGGGAAAAACAAUACAGGCUCAUAGCUGAGGACUUUAAGUUUCAUUUUUGAUUCCUUUAAAAAGUAAUCAAGUCAAUUUGUUAAGGGACAAAUUUUCCCCCUUUCCCCUCCAUCCUUCAUUUGUCUAAGACAAAAAAUCAUAUUUCAUUCUAAACACUUUUCAUCUUCCUUUUUUCUUGGGUCUUUUCCUGUUUGCUUGCAUAUUUUUCCUGGGAAUCAGAUUUUUAUCAUCACUGAGAAAAAUGUAUUGAAAUUUUCUUUAACAUCAAAUUUAUCUGCCUAUAGAUAGAAAUUUCUCUAGAGCACCAGCCCUGAAGUCAGGAGUACCUGUUUUCAAAUCUAGCCUCAGACAUUUAACACUUCCUAGCUGUAUGA